UCUGUCUGAGUAACUUGACGCUUGGAAGACGAUGCAGGGGAGACUCGAGGCCGCCGGAGAGGACUCCGCAUUUCAAGGAAAACAGCCACCUAGAAAUAAUGAUGGAUCAUAGUUGGCUCAAACACCUGAUGAAGACACUGAAUACUCGCCGUAUGAAGCAGGCUGGGCGUGUUUAAAGCCAGCCGGCUCAAGUAUCCGUUUUUACAUCCUCAGCCACCGGACGUUGGUAGGCGACUGCCCGGCUUGCUAGCCCGCAGUCCUUCAAAAUCUCUGCUCCACAAUCACGGACCUUCUCCAUUUAUUUUUUUUAUUUUUUUCAGUGGCAUUACGAAACCUAGCAAGUAUACAAGGGGCUGGAUUAACAAAAAGCGCACGUCUACUUUCAAUGCAGUGAAGGUGUAACCUGCUAGUCCUGUAUUUCACAUCUGACCGCUGGGAUCGAGCUAGCAUCAUCUGGAGUUGGACGCUGGCGCGGCUCCCCUACAGCAUCCUUGCCUGCGCCGCUGCACCGGAAUGCUAACUAACGAGGAAAUGGCUUUAACAUGACCGCGAACCCUUCGCCUCUCAAACGCCUAGCGCUUGUAGGUGGCACACGGACACUUUAGAUGUCAAAUGUAAUGUCCGCCGGGAGCUUGCAUCAUGCGUGUGGCUUUCCGCGUCUGUCUCCAGCCUCGCGGAUGACACUCGCACAGGUACCGGCGGUUCAAAGCGAGCAGCGACGGCGCGCGCACACAGUUGCCGGGUAGCGCUUAGAGACUUCUCCUGAGCUAGCUAGCGCCGAGCUAGGCGGCUAACAGCACAAAAUAAUAAUUAAAAAAACAAAGCAAAAAACAAACAAACAACAACAACAACAACAACCCCAAAACAAAACAAAAACCUCACAACCAAUACCAAUGGUUUCCCAUAAGGUUUUAGUCGCAAUAAUCUUACUGAACGUGUAUAUAGGUGUACAGUCAGUUUUUUACUUAUUCGGCGGUGUCCUUUUAACCGUCCUCUUUGCUAUGGCAUUUUUAAAUGGACCCAGGCUGCUGGACUGGGCGAGUUCACCUCCACAUCUUCAGUUCAACAAAUACGUCCUUACGGGAUACCGGCCAAUUUCCUCCGUGCAGGACUGCAUCAGAAGCCUGUUUUACCUGCACAAUGAACUUGGAAACAUAUACACUCACGGCAUCCCUCUGGUUUGCUUCCUGGUGCUGCUGCCUCUUAACAUCCCCUGGUCUCAGAUCAGCGUGACAUGGCUGGGUGUGGUGCACUUCCUGGCCUGCCUGUCACCCCAGCUGGGCUCUGUGGUCUACCACCUGUUCAUGAACCACGAGGGAGGGGAGCCAGUCUACCACACCCUCCUGAAGCUGGACGUGUGUGGAAUCUGCAUGAUCAACACGCUGGGAGCGCUGCCUAUCGUCUACACCACACUGCUGUGCUACCCAUUUAUCCGCACUGUAGCCCUUUUAGUCUACAUCCUGCUGUCCAGCCACGCCAUCUACUGCGCCGUCACCGCUCGGAGCAGCGUUCGGCGGUUGCGCUCCUUCGCCUGGCAAGCGCUGUUUCGCUUCUCCUUCUUCCUGCUCCGCUGGGUGGGCGUGGGCGGCGGCAGUCCCACCUCGCUACGCCACUUUCUCACGAUGGAUGCACUGGCCGUGCUGGGCGGGGUCAUCAACAUCACGCGCAUCCCGGAGCGUUUUUGGCCGGGUCUCUUCGACUACUGGUGCAACAGCCACCAGAUCAUGCAUGUACUGGUGGUGAUCUCCAUCCUUUACCUGCACUGGGGCGUGCUGGACGACCUUCUCUGGAUCACCAGCUACGACUGCCCCUCAGAUUGACCCACACAGGAGCCCCCCGGCCCCUCACAAGGAGUGCUGGAACAUACCACUGAAAGACCUCUGGGGGAAGGGGGGAGCCUGGAAAGGGAAGGGAAAGGACAGGGAUCACAGAAACGAAUGCUGUGCAUGUGUUCACUUCAUGCGCUGAAACUCAGAAUGUUCAUAUCUUCGUCCAUCUUGAUUUGUGCGAAUGCAGGUAAAAGUAUGUCGAGUAACACGCACAAUCAUUCUGACUUGCUCAGUUGCCACAAACUUGGUGCAAAGGCAUAUACAUACACACAUGCAGACACAAACACACACACACAGACACAUUCAUACACAAACCGAUAAAAAAAGUGUCAAAUUUUAAAAAGUAAAUUUAUUAACCGAGUUUUAAACCCUAUAAUGUCUUAGGUAAAGGUUACAGCUCGAAGCCUUUUACAUAAUGAUAGAAGUUUCUUUUAAGGAUUACUUGAUGUCGUUGAUUAAAAUGGUCUAAAUCAGUGGUUCUGAAAGUUGGGUCUACGGCCCACAGCUAAAAUAUCUAGUGAUAAAUUUCCUUUAAAUUGCUGAAAUUACAUUCUGAUCUUAAAAAGUGGCGAUCUACAGAUGUCCUUUAAUCACACCCAUGUUAUCUUUGGACGAGUAGAAACUGACACGCGUCUAAAAUGUUUAGAUUUAAAAGUUUCAUAAUUUUGGCAUGCAAGAGUAGAAAUGGUAGUAAGCAUGCGGUUUGUCAGUGUUGGGAUUAUAAGCGAGACCUUGGAAAAAUGUUCUUGCCCGUCGCCUCAGGAAUACACCGAGCUCAGCUGUGUUGCAUUCCAAGUCUCAUGCUGCUCCCGAAGCUGAUCUCGCCCACUCACGACAAUGCUUGCAAAUCCAUCAGACAGGUUGCGGCACGCCCCAGAAGCAGCUUUGUGUCCUGAGUGAUUUUUAUGGAAGCUGCAUUAAGAUGCACAGAGUAGGGCCGGAAUUCAGACCUAGAAGAGCAAAGAGUGUCUUGCCAAUUUUGAAAGAGUGCUGGGCGGUAUUCUGAUUCUAAUUUAAUUCAUCUGAAUAUGAAUUUAAGAAAAUAAAUGAGGCUUUUUACUGGUAGAGACCUAGAAAAGACAAAACACUUACUGUGACCUUUGGAGGGGUUUAUAUGUGGUAAAACAUUUUGUGUAAGAAGUACUUUGGAGUGUUUUGAGAAGGGGCUUGUAUUAACUUUUCAAACUCAAGGUUACCACUGUGUGUUAACGCCACUGAAGGUUUCAUAAAAAUUUAAGGGGCUGGGUGAGUGGGAGGAAAAUUCAUGACACAACCUCAGAACUCUCAAGAUUGAAGCUGUAAAAAGGACAGAAUGGCACAUUUAUGAGGAAAAAGUCCGAAGUUUAUAUUCCUGAAUCGCCUGUGUGGUCUUCCUCUUUUCCUCUUGCCUGGCAGAUUCAUCUUCAACAUCAUUUGUCCAGUAUAUGCACUACCCCUCCUCUGCACAUGUCCAAACUAUCUCAGCCUUGCCAAUUCGGGUCUAUAUAUCACAGCAGGUCUCACCAUCUUGUAAACCUUUCCCUUCAUUCUUGCUACUAACAAAUCACUCCUGGCACUUGUCUCCACCCGCUCCACUCUGUUCUUCACCUCUGUUGUGCACUGUCUGCUCCUUUGAAGGGUUGACACCAGGUAUUUAAACUAACCUACGUUUCUAACUCAUUCACCUCUCCGUCUCCUUCUCAUUCACACACAUGUAUUUUACCUUCUACUGACUUUAAUUCCCACCCCCACCUCGGAGCCAUCUGUCACUCUUACCGCACACCUUACCACUGUCUCUCUAUCCUUAUGCAUGUCUUGCACCACUCUCCCAUACUCAUGCAGUUACAUAGUUCCUCUUUUGGGACCCUGUCAUAUCGUUCGAUCCACAAAGACACAAUGUGACAAGUCUUACCUGCUCUAUACUUCUCCAUCAACACUAUCAAAGCAAACAUCACAUCUGUAGUGCGCUUUCUCGUUUUGAAACCAUACUGCUGCUGACUGGUCAUCACCUCUCUUUUUCAUGGCAUGGCUCAUCACCUUCAUCCUGCUGUACUUACUACAGCUCUGCACAUGACCUUUGUUCUUGAAAAUCAGCACCAGUACACUUUAUUCCGGAGACACCUGCUCUCUCCAGGGUUUUGGUAAACAAGCUGAUUGAAGAUCCACUGCCCUUUCUCCCAGACAUCUCCAUACCUCCACAGGUAUGUCUGGACCAACUGCCUCUUCAUAGCUGCCCUCACGUCCUCCUUUCUAAUCCUCUGCACUUUCUGAUUCACAAACUGUCCUCCACCUCCUCUCUCUCAUUUUCUUCACUCAUCAGCUCUUCAAAGCACUGCUUCCACCUUCUCAACACUCUCUUCAGUUAUAAGUACAUUUCCAUUUCUAUCCUUAAUCACCCUGCACAUCUUUUCCAGUGGAAUCUCUCCACCUAGCCAAUCAAUACAAGUUCUUUCCUCUCCAACUUCACGUAACACUCACUGAAAGUCUUUGCUUCGCCAUUUCUUUUGUUGCUGUACUCCUAGCAUCCCAGUAGUCCUGUCUUUCUUUAGUCAACCACCUAGGCUUCUUGUCUCCUUGUCAUCCUGAAGAUACACAAAAUACCUUCAUUGCAGUUUUCCUCACUUUUUCAGCUCUGCUUUCCUAAUCAUUAAUUAACGUUCACUACCACCCAGAAACUCAUCUCAUCUCCUCCCUAAACUCUGUACAGGAUUCUUCCUUCUUCAACUUCUAACUCUACCGUCCUGUAGAAAUAUGCGCUCAUACCACAAGCACUAUUUUAAAAAUAAACACUCUAUGCAGACCAAAUGAAACGCCCCUCAACCCGACGUCGAUUUGCAUGAGAAACAGUGACCGGUGUAUUCCUGGGGUAAAGGCUCCCUGCCCCCAGACGAGUUUAAAAACCCCUCGUCCAAAUGAUAUGACAGUCUUUGUCUACACUUGUGCAGCAUAUUCAUAUCUCACAUCACAUACACAGCACGCACUCUCACGCACCUUUGUUUUUACACAUGUACAAAGCACUUUUAGAGUUUUAACUUCGUCCAACAGACUGAAUUUUACAGGACUGUUUAGUUCCCUGUUUUCUGCCACUGCCUCUUUUUCUUCUUUGUCCUCUCUGUCAUCUGAAUGGUCCUUACCGAAGGCGUGCGAGGGGCUCAUUCCUGAAGCGUGCCAGCAAUGAGCUUACCUGCUGAGAUGUCCCAGACCACCAGAUGGGAUCUGUUGAGUGUUAUCAGCUUUGUUUGCACCAGUGCCAAAGAAAUUCAGGCAUUUUUAAAUCAGAAAAGAAACUGAUGUCUAUGAGCUGCCUUUGCCAAACUUUUGCUUAUGUCCAGCCAACCCCAAGUUGAUUGGUCUUACGCAUUUAUUAUGACCUCCCUUUGUUUGGAAGACGACCGUUUCCAUUUGUGCGAGACGUAAUUAUCUUUUUAAAGGCAGAGCCUGAGUGCUUUGUGAGUCUUCUGCGCAAUUGUGUAUAAAAGCCAUUGAAUGUGCGUAGUUGUUUUACACUGAAAUGCCACCAUGUGCACAUAAUACAUAAAACUAUAUGUGGCAGUGCUGAAAUGUAAAGGGGUAAUGACUUUAUAAUGCUAUUUAUAGUUAUUUGUCUUCUGGCCCCAAACGCGUAAGGAUAUAUAUUUAAUCAAGAAAUAGAUUAUAUUUAUGUUUGUUUUUAUUCAUUUGUAUUAAUUUGAAUGUGUUUGUCAGCUGCUUAAACAGUUUACAUCAUUGCAGUGCAGGAUCGCUCUGACUGACAGGUCAAAUAAGAGGUCAAAGAAAAUCCAUUGUUUUAUUUAAACCCAGCAAUUCCGGAGGAUUAGCUCCACAUUUUCUCUGCGUACAGUUUUUCCUGCCUUCCUGUAAUAUGUGACGUCUCAGUCACACAGGAUCAGAUCUGUCUUUACACGUCGCAGCUCGGCGAGGAAAACAGCUGCAAUGUGACCUUUAAAACAGGUGCAGGUCUAUUCUGAAGUUAUUUAUGUCCUCAGGCAUGAAUGUAGAUGUGCUGUGCUUAGAUGUUUACUUAUACCCUAAAUAUUAUUAUAUGGUCAGUCAUUUUUGCCACAUUAUUUAUUUAUUUAGCUGUACUUGCUUGCACUUUUCUUGAAUUGAUGUUUAGCCUUUUUAAAGUGGUGGUUUAUACACUAAGCUGGCCUACGUAUGCAGGAAUGAACCCCUCUGAACCCGCCUGCCUGUCAUGUAUGAGUCACAGCACUUUCAUGUGUGUCCAGGCUUGUUACUGUUCUGUAGAAGUAAUCGUCGCACUCUUCAGUCAUGUUCAGGACUGGCUUCUGAAGCCUCAUUUCAUACCUAGACCUUUUUUAGUGUUUUUUUAUUUAUUUUUUUUAAGCAUUGGGUUUGUUUCCCACGCUAGUUGCCAACCAUGUUAGCCCACCUUCAUCUCGCCAAAUUAGCAACGUCUGCUCCCGUGACACUGUCUCACAGAUGAAGAAGGAUUUCCCAGAGUCUGAAUGAUAUGCAUUAACCCCAACGUGACCCGACUUUAUGAACUUGCCCUCAUUUAAAAAGUCAGAUAUUUGUCUGCUAGUCUCACUCUUACAGUGAUGAUUAUGAAUACAAUGUAAAAGCUGAAGUUAAUGUAUUUUUGGCAAUUGAAUGAAAAAAAAUGCAUGAAAGUAGCUGUGAAACACAAACUGAUGUCUCAUAAUGUUAGCUGAUUGUUAGUUCACUGUAGCCAGCAACUGAUCAUUCACUCGGCCCUGGAAAUGACUGUGUGGUUAGCUGGAGGUGGGCUUUGGAGUGUGGCGUUACCCUGCAGGAAGAGGAUUUGAAGCGAUCGGAGGCCAUGCAUCACAAUCAAAACAAACUGCACUGUUCAUCGUUCUCCAAAGGGCUUUGAAUUCAAGUCAAUUCUGAAAUACACUUAAAGUCCAUAUAAAUAAUGUAAAUACAUUUAUGUAGAUUAUAUACAGUGCAGAAGAAUAUACAGUGACUCAUUUUUAACACGCACACUUGGUUAAGGAAGAAAGACAGGAAGGAAUGGGAUUACCCACCCAGUGAAGAUGCUUAAGACGACUUUACCAAAGUUGAGUUUUGGUUAAAAGAUGGAAAGACGUUGAGAAAAAGAUGCCCUUUUACAGCUAAACGUGGUUGUAAAGAAACACACUACAAACUCCUCAGAGAACCAGCAGUUCACACCCAAAUUCAGUUAUUUUGGUCAACGUUGAGGUCAGAAAUCAAACUAACUUUAGCCUGCAGGCUGUGUGCCAUUUAGAUGUCUUUUAUACCUCCAAUAAACUGAAAGCGGGAAAAUGUGAAUUCCAGCCUUUGUAGCAGCCUGAAAACUCAACUUUUAAUAAAUUCUGACAUAAAGGGACAUCUGUCUAAAGGCUAAGGACUGGCUGACCAGAUUUAGCCCCGAAAACAUCGUCCGUUGGACUCCUGGUGCUUGGCGGGUAAUGAGGGACGCAGACGCGGCUCGAUGUGGAGCUUCAGAUCGAUAUGAGUUAUGUAUUUGAUUAGCUAUGAUGAUAUAUAUGUGAAAAACACAGGGAAAAAAAAAAGACUGGCAUUGGUUUCUGUUCAAAUGUAGAGUUGUUUGACCAUUUUGUGGCCCUGACUAAGAAUGCUUCUGAUCAUUUAAAUGUAACCGCUUUUUUAAAGACACACGGGAAAGAUAUGCGCGACAAUAGCAGGGGAAUCUUGGCGGGCAUGUGAAUACCUCGUGACUACCACUGGUCUAUCUAUGCAUUAUCAGCCGAAGGAUACGUAACAGUGAAGUCAAUUUGUGUUUGUCAAACGGCUCUCUGAUCCGCUGUAACGGAGGGCUCUCUCCCAACAUCCUGAGUCUCCCGCUUCUCAGGGUGCCAUAACAGUAGCUGUAACAUCUGAAGCCUGACCGCUGCUGUCUGAAACAUGGACGCGAGACUCACCUGCCCUCUUUAGUCCGGUCUGUUCACGCUGGGAACCCAGCUGUCAGGGUGGGCGCAAGGGCGAAGGAAGGUGGAGCAUUUCUCUGAAAACCAUGUUGCAGGAGUGGAACCCGGUCAGAAAAUUGGUCUUUGUCCUUUUGUCUGUAUGUUUAAUGAAAAAAGAAAAGACAUGAUGUAUAAAAGCAUCACUAACAAAUCUAAAACCUUUUUUGUUUUUUUUUUAAAUAUUACACAGGUGCCGGACAGCCUGUUAACAACCUGUUUAUAAUGGAUCACCUGUGUUGUUAUAUACUGAUUAUUAAUGAUUGCUGUUAUUCUGUGGAUCCUAUAAUGACACUGGUCUAUGUGUACAGGUAAUGAGACAAGCCCUUUCCUUUAGGAUGAAGGGAGCUUUCUGGAGGGUCUGUCUGUUAUUGUCUCCAUAUCUGCAUGGCUUUCUUAAUGUGUCAAAUGAGUGAGUGUGGCUCCAUCUAGUGGAAGUUCAUGUUCACUAAUGCAGGCAUUACUGUAGCUGAACUGCAGCCAAAUGAAACGUAACUAACUGGUGGUAACACUGUCACUGCUGGUCUGCAGUUAUCCUCCAGUGUUAUUUAUUUAGAUCCCCCAGAUCAUGUAUGUACACAUGUGCGUAUGAGCUCUCCUGCAGAACCCAUGCAAGCAUGAAAUCUGUAUGUUGUCCCGUUUACUUUCGCCUGUUGCACCGACGGGAUGCUGAUUGCAUUCCCAGAGUGCCUCGUUAUCCAGUCUGUGUGCUUGCCGAUUAAUGUGCACGAACUCAGACGGUUUGUUCCUGUGCUGUAGUUCACAUGUCUGUGCGACAUUAGUGUCCUGUGUAACAGACAGGCUCUCACACUCCUCAGUCUCCAGCAACGAUUGUGCAAUAAACUGA